AUGAUUAAGGAGUUCAUUCUAUUGUGCCUGGCCAUCGCUGCAGCAAUGGCCAUCCCCGCAGUCCCCCAAGAGGCUAAAGAAGCGUCAGAAGGCAACCCCUCGUUAUACCAAUCCGGUGGCUUUCCAGCUGAUGCCGUUCAGGGUGUAGAAGCAACCGACUCAGAUCUGGAACCCUCUGCGUCUGCACAUUGGGGCGGAUACGGAUGGGGCGGCAGAGGUUGGGGCGGAAGAGGUUGGGGAGGAUGGGGUGGUAGAGGUUGGGGCGGUUAUGGCGGCGGAUGGGGCGGUUAUUAUGGUGGUGGAUGGGGAGGUAGGGGUUGGGGUGGUUAUGGCGGAUGGGGAGGUUAUGGUGGAUGGGGCCACAGAGGUUACUGGGGUUAA